AUGGAUUUAUUAAUUGUUACAACUGAUCUUUCUCAAUUACUUAAUAAUGUUCUUAAACUUGAUCGUCUCAAACGUAUCAUUGAUAUGAUGACAAUAAUUAAAAACUAUAUACAUUUACAUCCAAUAAAUACAUUCAAUGCACUCAAAGCAUUAAAAUUAGAAUAUUCUCUUCAAUUAUUAAUUAAUCUAAAUGAUUUUCAUAAACAACAAGAAAUAAAAAAUGAUCAAACACAUGUUAUUGAACAAUUCUAUCCAUAUGCUUCAAUACUUGGACCUCAACUUUUUCUACCUUAUUUGUCUGAUAAUCAAAAACGAUUAUUUAUGGAAUUAGAUUUUGCGGAAGAACAAAGUAUUGAAGAUUAUAACAAACAAGAUCAACGAGAAAAUGUUAAACAACAAAUAAAUAAAUAUUCUGAUAUAAUAGAAAAAGAAUUUAAAAUACAACAAAUAAUUGAACAAUCAUCUUGUGAAAAACGUUUAUCACCUCAAACAUCGGAAGAAGACAAAACAAGAAUCAUAGGUUAUUUAAAAGUUUCGGAUCUUAUUAAAAAUGUUUUAAACGAUCAAAAAUAUCAUCAAGAACUAAUUAAAUCUACACAUAAACAAAUAACUAAUGAAAUAAAUAUCGAUUCAGAAAAACAAGAAAUAUUUCAUAAUUUAAAUAGUCAAUUCUAUAAAUACAAAAAUUAUUUAAAUCAAAUUCAAAAACAUGAAUAUUUUGAAAUUCAACCGAUAUUUCGAACACUUGAUAUAGAUUUACAACUAAUAGGGCAAAUUCUUAAUGAGUCAAAUAAAAUUCAAAAGAAUUUAUUAAAUAUUACAACUGCUCGUUAUCAUUCUAAUCAUCUAAAUUUUUUAUUAAAUGCUAAAUUAAAAUAUCUUUCAGUUGAUUAUUCAGGAAAUUUAAUAGAACAAUCUUAA